AUGCGUGAAAUUUGUCAUUUACAAGCUGGCCAAUGCGGAAAUCAAAUUGGUGCAAAGUUUUGGGAAGUCAUUUCCGAUGAACACGGCAUUGAUCCAACCGGAUCAUAUCAUGGAGAUUCUGAUCUGCAAUUAGAACGAAUCAAUGUCUAUUAUACUGAAGCGCUUGGUGGUAAGUAUGUACCUCGAGCAAUUCUUGUGGAUUUGGAACCUGGUACCAUGGACUCAGAAACUUUGGCCCAAUUAUUGCCCGCUCCAGAUUGUGAUACAGAAGGUGCAGAGCUAGUGGAUUCAGUUUUAGACGUAGUCAGGAAAGAAGCAGAAAGUUGCGAUUGCUUGCAAGGGUUCCAACUGACCCAUUCGUUAGGCGGAGGAACUGGUUCCGGGAUGGGCACACUUUUGAUAUCCAAAAUUCGUGAGGAAUAUCCGGACCGUAUUAUGACCACAUACAGUAUUGUUCCUUCACCCAAGGUAUCAGAUACCGUGGUGGAACCGUACAACACCACAUUAUCCGUGCACCAGCUUGUGGAGAACACCGACAAAACGUUUUGCAUCGACAACGAAGCGCUGUACGACAUAUGCUUCCGGACUCUAAAGCUCACCACACCCACGUACGGUGACUUGAACCAUUUGGUGUCAGCGGCCAUGUGCGGCGUAACGACGUGCUUCCGGUUCCCCGGACAGCUCAAUUCCGAUCUCCGAAAACUGGCCGUCAACAUGGUGCCGUUCCCGCGUCUGCAUUUCUUCAUCACCGGGUUCGCACCGCUCACAUCCCGUGGCAGCCAGCAGUACCGUGCACUGACCGUCCCUGAACUGGUGCAGCAAAUGUUUGACGCUAAAAACAUGAUGGCUGCGUGCGACCCGCGCCACGGCCGGUACCUGACAGCCGCCAGCAUAUUCCGCGGCCGUAUGUCCAUGAAAGAGGUGGACGAGCAGAUGCUCAACGUGCAGACAAAGAACUCCAGCUACUUCGUCGAAUGGAUACCCAACAACACGAAAACCGCAGUGUGCGACAUACCACCCAGGGGCCUGAAGAUGUCGGCCACGUUCAUCGGCAACACAACAGCCAUACAGGAGAUGUUCAAGCGCGUGUCCGAGCAGUUCACGUCCAUGUUCCGGCGCAAGGCUUUCUUGCAUUGGUACACCGGCGAGGGCAUGGACGAGAUGGAGUUCACCGAGGCAGAAUCCAACAUGAACGACCUGGUGUCCGAAUAUCAACAGUACCAAGACGCGACCGUUGAUGAGGAAGGCGAAGGAGAUGACGACGAUGAGGACGCAGAUGCAUAA